AUGGAAAAUGACAUCCCCGUUUUGUUCAUAACUUCAACAGUUGGUGUAGCAUUAGGGGGAAUCUUUAUUCCCGAGGAUUUCCUCUUUCCAACCGUUGACGACUUCAGUGAUUCAGAAAAUCUAACCUCAUGGAUCGAAGAUACAGAGGCAAAAUUCUUGCUCGAGAAUUAUCUUCUGCUAUGCCCUGAACAGGAUAUGUGUCUUGGACCAAAAUUUAGGAGGAACUAUACUUUUAUCCUGCAUCCAUCGUACUUCAUUGAAUAUAUGUCAAUUGAAGAGGGAAAAGAAAGAGGUCCGCCUUUGUCUUGCCUUGAGCCUUUGUGGAAUAAAGACACGGGAAUUAGACUUGGUAAAUCGUACUGGAUGGUUGAUACGUGUCAAAGUGGAGCUACUUGCUUGUCACCUAAAUCUAGAAACAUUACAAAUGCUACGCCAGUGACGUCAUUGUUAACAAAUGAAACGUAUCUUAAUAUCCAGUGCUCAUUAUGCAAUAAUGAAUCAAUUUUAGAUAUGGUUCCUUGGGAAACGGAAAAAAUUUGCAUGAAUCGAUCGGCGCUUUUUUCAAAUGAUAAAUUCGAAACUCUUUACAAAUCUGUGUUUUCAAUAAACCGUUCGGUCUGCAACAUUGGAUUUCAUCCACCAAAGUAUAUUCAAAGGAUAAUAAAUCCCUGUGUAAAAUAUACAGCUCAAAUUGUUCCUACUUGCAACAAACUCCACAGACUAACAGAAGAAACAAAGGCUAUCCUUCGUGACUCUUGUCAGAAAUACUACUUACCCUACAAGACUUCCAAUAACAUUUAUAAAAACAUUUAUUGUGCCCUGUGUGAAAAAGUUGUCUUUGAUCUUACGAUUCAAAAUGACGUAGGCGGAGCAGGAUUCAUCACUUCUAUGCUUUCAUCCUUUACAGCUCUGAUGGAUUUCAAACAAACUGAAAAUGAAGUGAACACAAAAGACACUAAUUGCGCAAAAAAUCAAGUAUUUGACAAAGAAAUGAAUAUGUCGGUACUUCUAUCAUCUCUAAACAGAGAAGUUAAUGUAACUCUUUCUGUUGUUGGGCAAAGAUUUCAUAUCCAUGGCAAUUCUUUAUUCGUUUUCGACAUGGUGAUUGUUGUAGCUGACUGGUAUCGCUGUCCUAAAGUGAAAGUGAAAACAGCAGACGCCAAAUUAAAUGUGUCACACUUUUCUGUAUGUCUAGUAGACUUUCAAGCCUGCUUCUUUUCAAAUCAGUUUAAAGAGGCUCAGGAUAAGCGCAGUGUAGAAAUAUGUCUCGAACAGUACCUUAAAGCUAUCAGCCAAGUAAACAGUCUAACUGAAAUUUCAGAUGACAACUUAAUGAAGUAUUUUUCACUAACAUGUCUCUCUCUCUCCUCCAUUGCUUCUCUGGUUACAAUACUAACGUUUUAUCUCAACAAAUCCAACAGAUCAUUUGCAGAUAACAAUAUCAUUACAUUAGCUGUAUUGUCAGUUUUGGCAAAUACAGUUUACACUUUCUCUAAGUUUUUUCUUUGGAAUAAGUCGUUGUGUAUUGGGAUUGGCAUGAUGGUUCAUUUCAUCUGGCUUUCUGUCAUAUGUUGGAUGAGUUUAUCUACCUUUCAAAUCUUUCAAUCCUUUACUACUUUAUCAGCUCUACAGAAAAAAGAAGGUUUGCGGGUAUUAUUUUUUUUACUGGUUGAUGCCGUUCUAUGUUUGGCAAUAGUUGCUGUGAAUGUUAUUGUAAGCCUUUUCCAAAGUGAAUGGGAGAGUCUUGGCUACUCUCCUCGCACGUGCUACAUUGCGGACCCAAAUAUGACCCUCUUUACUUUUGCACUACCUGUUGGUUUAUUCAUCUGUAUCAAUUCUUUCAUGUUUCUGGUGACAUUAUCUCGGAUUUGUGUAAAGAUCGAUAUAAGAAAGUCAAAGGAAAAGAGUAGAUUAGGUGCGUACUUCCGGCUUUCUACCUUGGUUGGUGUAGCAUGGUUGUUCGGCUUUUUGGCUCAGCUCACUGAAUUACAAUUAUUUUCAGUGUUGCAUACGCUUUUUAACGGUGGUCUUGGCAUGUUUAUAUAUCUAGCUUUUGGUUUACCUCUAAAUCUUAAAUCUGUGUCGCGCAGUCUUGUUGUUAUAGAGAGAAGAAUACGGAAAGUUCUACUGGAAAAUAAAUAA